AUGUUCUCUUAUCAUGGUUGGAAGCGAGGUUCAAUUCUUUCAUUUGUCGGUAACUGGUCUGGAAAAGGAUCAUAUACCCGUGGGCAUACACGACGAAACACAAAACUGAUUCUGAAUCGAUUCAAUUCUGUCACUGUUAAUCAUGUCGCUGUAGUAGAUAAGUUUAAAAGACUGUCGCCAACAAGACGUACGACAGUAAAUCGAGACAUAAAUGGUGUAACCAACAUCGCACUCAUUGGCUGUUCUUGUGUGGUCUCAGAAAGCUCUUUCGAAGAGAUCCUUUUAACGCAAACAAGUACAACUUGUCACACCAUUAUCAAUGCGACAUUGGAAUCCCCGGUUGCUUCGGAGACUUAA